UUCUCUUCUGGGUGCAAGCAGAUUUAUCUGGCUCCUCGGUUGACAAAAUCGUCAUCUCAAGAAACAUGGGUGGCCAAAGAUGAUCUCCUAUCAGGAAAUGUAGGGGACAACAGACGACCAGUGUUGUCAUUAAAGCAGUAUCAGCUAAUGUGUGUUGAAGUCUUGCCAUGUGCUUGGCACUCAGCUUCAUGCAUCAUCUCAUUUAACCCCUACAAGAAUUCUAUGCAGUGGUUGCUGUCUUAUAUCUGUGAAAACUGAAACUUUAAGAGAUGGAGAAACACACAUGGUCACAAAACCCCAAGGGCUGUUGAGAGCUUUGAGUUUCCUGAGCUCACACAGAAACAAAGACAUUUUAAAAAGAGAUGUCCAUCUCUGUGAAAAGAAAGCUUUAUAUAUUGAUGUUUGGACCCAUGUCCUCUGAACGUCAUGAGGAAAACCAGACUGAGGACCACAUUCCAUGAAAACUGAUGGACACCCCAGCUUAUCCUCCAGGGUUCUUCAUCAGCAUUCUAUCAUAGUAAGCAGCCCACGGACUUCUGCUCUUUCAAAUCGACCGAUCAUCUAACUAAGUGCCGGGAGCCUGGAUCCUGCCAGACUCCAGCCAUUGAUAUCUGAGCAAAUUGAUCUACGUUCACCCUUUAAAACCCCUGAUGAAUCAAUCAGAACUUCUGAAAGCAAGGAAAAACUGAAACAUCUUGGUCAAAGAGACUUCGAUGUUGAAAACCAGCUACCACAAGGAAAGGCUUAUCUUUCGAUUCACGGUCCAGGAACAAAUGUGAAUCCGCCUCUUGAAAAGAUGAACAGCACGUGUAUUGAAGAACAGCAUGACUUGGAUCACUACUUGUUUCCAGUGGUUUACAUCUUUGUGGUAAUAGUGAGCGUUCCAGCCAAUAUCGGCUCUCUCUGUGUGUCUUUUCUGCAAGCAAAGAAGGAUAACGAACUAGGCAUUUACCUCUUCAGUUUAUCACUAUCGGAUCUGCUGUAUGCAUUAACUCUCCCUCUGUGGAUUGAUUAUACUUGGAAUCAAGACAACUGGACAUUCUCUCCCGCCCUGUGCAAAGGGAGCGCUUUUUUCAUGUACAUGAAUUUUUACAGCAGUACGGCCUUUCUCACCUGCAUCGCCAUCGAUCGGUAUCUAGCAGUUGUUUACCCUCUGAGGUUUUCUUUUCUAAGGUCAAGAAGAUGUGCGUUCAUGGUCAGUCUAUUCAUCUGGGUGCUGGAAAGCUUUUUCAACGCUAUCAUCUUGUGGGAAGAUGAAACAGCUGUCGAAUACUGUGAUACCAAAAAAUCGAAUUUUACUUUAUGCUACGACAAAUACCCUUUGGAGAAAUGGCAAAUCAAGUUCAACUUUUUUAGGACGUGUGUAGGCUAUUUGAUCCCUUUGGUGGUCAUAAUGGUUUGCAACCGGAAAGUCUACCAAGCUGUGAAGCAAAAUCAAGCCACGGAAAACAGUGAAAAGAAGAGAAUCAUAAAACUGCUUGUUAGUAUCACAUUGACUUUCAUCUUGUGUUUCACUCCCUUUCAUGUGAUGUUGCUGAUUCGCAGCAUUUUAGAACGUGAUGUGAACUUAGAUGAACAUAUAUUUGACCAUAACAAGUCUGGGAAGCAGACUUAUAAAAUCUAUAGAAUCACAGUUGCAUUAACAAGUCUAAAUUGCGUGGCAGAUCCAAUGCUGUACUGUUUUGUAACUGAAACAGGAAGAUCAGAUAUGUGGAAUAUAUUACAUUUUUUUACAGGGAAGUUUAAUAAAUCAGAAAGACAAAGAAAAAGUAUGCUUUCUAUGUCUACCAAAGAUACUUUGGAAUUAGACAUCCUGGACUAGAACCGAAGAAUUUUUUAAAGAUAUAUAAUAUUAUAUCACUGAGAUUGUAUUUGGAAAAGGAAAUCUAAGCAGGAAAGGAGUCUAAGUGUUCCCCUUGAGGGACUAUUUUAAUUCUCUCCAAUGGAAGUAUUUUAAAAGUGCACUGCAUAGUUCCCUGACUCUUAUUAAAUGAGAAUUAAACAAAAUUUAAUAUUUU